CGGAGGCACUUUACGUCAGCCGUAAAGCAAUGGGUUAGCUGACAAUAAUGAUACAAGAUAACUGUGAACCGUAACGUUACUUCACUGAACUGGUGCCCGUUUGGAGCCGUUAAACUCCCACUUCACGUCCAUUUUUCACAUUCGCCAACAUUUCUGAAGCCACCGCCGUAAGCAUCGGAUUUUAUUUGUGUUCAGUUUCCUCCUGUGAGGCGGUGAAGAGGGAUCGCUUUUAGCCAGUCAUUGCCACCACCACGGCCUCCGAAAGCGGCGCCUGCAACAUGGACAGAGAAAUGAUUCUGGCCGACUUUCAGGCCUGCACUGGAAUUGACAACAUUGCAGAGGCAAUCACUCUCUUAGAGCUUAAUAACUGGGAUUUAGUGGCAGCCAUCAAUGGUGUGAUACCACAGGAAAAUGGAAUCUUGCAAAGUGGCUUUUCUAGUGAGGCGAGCCAGGCCACCAUGCACGGACCCCACAGCCACUCUGAAGCAGGCGACGCAGACGCAGCAGCUGGAAGUGCAGUUCCUCCCCCCUCUUCAUCAUCUCCAUCGUCUUCUCCUCUGCCGUCCUCGGCUUCAGUGUUUUGUCCAAUUAACCCCUCCCGACACAUUGUAGAGCGCCAGUCACGGAUGCUAAACUUCAUGGUGGAGUACCGGCAACGCUCUGUGGAGCUCGUGCUUGAAGAAAGCAGCACAAUUAGAGAAAUCAAAGAAUUCCUUCAGACAGAGCUUGGCAUUCCAGCAUCCAAAAUGCAGCUGAAGGGAUGGAAGAGCGGGGAUGUCACUGAUAGUACGGUGCUGAGAUCUUUACACUUGCCCAAGAACAACAGCCUGUAUGUCCUGACUCCAGACAUCACACCUACUGCCAGCACCAGCAAAAACAGUGCACUUCAAGAGUCCCUAAACCAGAACUUCUUACUGGUCAUUAGCCACCGUGAGGCUCAGAGGGACUACAACCUCAACUUUCCUGGCUCCAGGACCAUACAGGAGGUGAAGAGAAACGUUUCAGACUUGACCAACAUCCCCGUCCGGUAUCAGCAGUGGGAGGGAUGGCCUGCAUCAGCAUCUGAUGAUUCUAUGACGCUAGCCCUCUCUGGGAUCAGCUAUCCAUGCCAUCAUCUCAGUGUUUGUCGAAGAUCCUCACCAGCCAAUGCCCAGGAACCUACAGAAGAGUGUGCAGAUGUCCAUAUGAUCAGUGACAGUGAGGGGGAGGAAUACGAGGAUGCUACAGAAUUUGGGGUGGAUGAUUCAGAGAUGUUUGGAAUGAGCUCUUCAAGCUGUCGAAAAUCACCCAUGAUGCCAGAGAAUAGUGAGAAUGAAGCGGAUGCCUUACUUCACUUUACUGCCGAAUUUUCUUCAAGAUAUGGAGAGACCCACCCGAUGUUUUUCAUUGGAUCUUUGGAGGCAGCAUCUCAAGAGGCCUUUUAUGGCAAAGCCAGAGAUAGAAAGCUGUUGGCCAUCUACCUCCACAAUGAUGAAAGUGUCCUCAGCAACGUCUUCUGUUCUCAAAUGAUGUGCGCUGAUUCGAUCGUCUCCUACCUGAGCCAGAACUUCAUCACGUGGGCCUGGGACGUCACUCAAGAAGCUAACAAAGCCAGACUUCUCACCAUGUGCACGAGGCACUUUGGCAGUGUGGUAACGCAGACAAUACGGACAUACAAAACAGACCAGUUCCCCCUGCUCCUUAUAGUUAUGGGCAAACGCACAUCCAAUGAAGUUCUAAAUGUCAUUCAAGGUAAUACGACAGUGGAUGAGCUGAUGAUGAGGUUAAUGGGAGCAAUGGAGAUUUUCACAGCACAACAGCAAGAAGACAUCAAAGAUGAGGACGAACGAGAGGCAAGAGAGACGGUGAAAAGGGAACAGGAUGAAGCUUAUCGUUUGUCCUUAGAGGCUGACCGUAAAAAGAGAGAAGCUCAAGAAAAAGAAGAAGCUGAACAAGUACGCUUGGAACGGAUGAGAAAAGAACAGGAGGAGGAGAAGGAGGCGAUUCGUUUGUCAUUGGAGCAAACUUUACCUCCAGAGCCAGAGGACGAGUCAGGAGAACAAAUCAGCAAAUUGAGAAUCCGCACACCAAGUGGCGAGUUUUUGGAAAGGCGUUUUCUGGGCAGCUGCAAGCUCCAAGUGCUUUUUGACUUUGUGGCCUCCAAAGGAUACCCCUUUGAAGCAUUCAAGCUCCUCACCACCUUCCCUCGUAGAAAUAUCACCCAGCUGGAUGCAGGCUCGACCCUGCUGGAGGCCAAGUUGUUUCCUCAAGAGACGCUCUUCCUGGAGGCUAAGGAAUAGGAACGGACCUGAUAGCUGGGAGAACCCACUGACUGUCGGAUGAACUGGCUGGACGCACAUUAGUCACCAAGCAUGGCCCCAUCCCCAAAGUCUGGGCCUACAACACACACACACACACACACACACACUUCUCAGACGUACAUACACUGGCAUGCACAUCCAGUGACACAAGCGUGAGUAAGCUUCUGGUGUAAAACGUGUUGCACAGAGGAAAAAAGACAAGCACACAGCCAAACAUUCACCUUCCUGAGCCUCGUCCCCAUUUUCUCGACUCUUCACACCGUCACCUUUUCAAACUGCUGUGUCAUGGUUCUCUGUCACAACACAAACACGAAGCAGUAACGGCGUUGAGAGACUGGCAAGACAAAUAUUUGUCACAGAAAAAUAAAUAAAUAAAAAUCAAGGA